AGGGAGGAGCCGGAAACUCAGGGCUCGAGACCUGUGGGCCCAGCGGUGCGGCAGCCGCUGGGGGGGGGGGGGGGGGGGCAGCUCUCCCAGGGCAGGUGAUUGGUCGGCCCCGGUGGCGGCGGCGGCGCGUGCGACGGUCACCUCGGUUUGGGGAAGAUGGAAGAGUUGAGUCAAGCCCUGGCUAGUAGCUUUUCUGUGUCUCAAGAUUUGAACAGCACAGCUGCCCCACACCCCCGCCUAUCCCAGUACAAGUCCAAGUACAGUUCCUUGGAGCAGAGUGAGCGCCGCCGGCGGUUACUGGAACUGCAGAAAUCCAAGCGGCUGGAUUAUGUGAACCAUGCCAGAAGACUGGCUGAAGAUGACUGGACAGGGAUGGAGAGUGAGGAAGAAGAUAAGAAAGAUGAUGAAGAAAUGGACAUUGACACUGUCAAGAAGUUACCAAAACGCUAUGCUAAUCAAUUGAUGCUUUCUGAGUGGUUAAUUGACGUUCCUUCAGAUUUGGGGCGGGAAUGGAUAGUGGUCGUGUGCCCUGUUGGAAAAAGAGCCCUUAUCGUGGCCUCCAGGGGUUCUACCAGUGCCUACACCAAGAGUGGUUACUGUGUCAACAGGUUUUCUUCCCUUCUGCCAGGAGGCAAUAGGCGAAACUCAACAGCAAAAGACUACACCAUUCUAGAUUGCAUUUACAGUGAGGUAAACCAGACCUACUACGUUCUGGAUGUGAUGUGCUGGCGGGGACACCCUUUUUAUGAUUGCCAGACUGAUUUCCGAUUCUACUGGAUGCAUUCAAAGUUACCAGAAGAAGAAGGACUGGGAGAGAAAACCAAGCUCAAUCCUUUUAAAUUUGUGGGGCUAAAGAAUUUCCCUUGCACUCCCGAAAGCCUGUGUGAUGUGCUGUCUAUGGAUUUCCCUUUUGAGGUAGAUGGACUUCUCUUCUACCAUAAGCAGACCCACUACAGCCCCGGAAGCACUCCCUUGGUGGGCUGGCUGCGUCCCUACAUGGUGUCAGAUGUCCUUGGUGUAGCUGUGCCAGCUGGCCCACUGACCACCAAGCCAGACUAUGCUGGGCACCAGCUCCAGCAGAUUAUGGAGCACAAAAAGAGCCAGAAGGAAGGCAUGAAGGAGAAACUUACACACACGGCCUCUGAAAAUGGGCACUAUGAGUUGGAGCACCUGUCUACUCCCAAGUUGAAGAGUUCUCCCCAUAGCCCAGAACACCCUGGAAGCCUCAUGGAGAAUUAAAGAGGGAAGCCUCCUUAACGAGCCACAGGAUGGUACCCGGCCCCAAAAGGAAUCCUGGGGAGGAGGACAGUGACAACAGGUGACUUCAUUCUUUAGAGUGAACUUUCCAAAGCCAGUCUGGCUGGAAACCGCUUAUCUAUAAUCUGAAAUGCUGGCUCAAACAGUUAUGGGGAGAUUCCCAGAUUGGGUAGCAUUCAGAUUGAUUUGAGCAGCUCCUACUGUGAUAAGUGUAUCCCAGAUCCACAAUGUAAAUAUAUGUGAUUUGUAAGAAAGAA